UACCACUUCAAAUAUGUUUUUCUCAGCAGAAUGCUGUGAUGCUCAUUAGGGGCAGAUCCACCGAAUCUGCGUAACUGCUGUACGUAACAUGCGGUAUCAAGGCUGAAAAUGAGAUAACCACACUUUACGCAAAUAGGCAGAAGUUAAAGAGCGCUCGUGCGUGUUGGGAAGUAAGGAUAUGUAGGAAAAUAAAGUAGGUUAUGUGUGCGUUUGUUAUCGGCUUGUAGUGUAGCUUAUAAACAACUCUCAGACAACGGGCAGUUGCCAAAGUGAAAGGUGUUAAUGACAGAAAGGUGAUAAUAUCUGCUCGUCCUCCAGCAGGGUUGCAAGAAUACGAAAGUCCACCAUGCAUAUCCAGAUGGCUGCUCGCUUCUUGUUGGUGCGCAGCUCUCCCAGCAGGGUCAUUUCAGUGAGCCAGACAAGGCAUCUCUCUACCAAAGCUGCACAAUCUGUUGAACUGACUUCAGAAAGGUACCCAGAUGUCAGAAGAGGAAAUUUUAGUAAACUCAGUCCAGGGCAUAUUAGUUUCUUUGAGAGCAUUCUAGGGAAAAACCGUGUCUUAACUGAUCGAGCUGAUGUAGAGAGUUACAAUGUGGACUGGAUGAAGAUGGUUAGAGGAGCUAGUGAAGUUGUAUUAAAACCAAAGACAACAGAAGAAGUUUCCAAAAUUUUGAAGUUCUGCAAUGAGGAGAACUUGGCUGUUUGUCCUCAAGGGGGCAACACUGGUCUUGUAGGAGGAAGUGUCCCAGUUUUUGAUGAAGUUAUUCUCUCUACUACCCUUAUGAAUGAAAUAAUAAGUAUUGAUGAAGUUUCAGGUGUCCUUGUUUGUCAAGCUGGUUGUAUCUUAGAAGUUCUGGAUAAUUAUUUAUCAGAAAGAGGUCUUAUCAUGCCUCUUGACUUAGGAGCCAAAGGCAGCUGUAACAUUGGAGGAAAUGUUUCUACUAAUGCUGGAGGCAUAAGGCUCUUACGUUAUGGAAGUUUACAUGGUAGUGUACUUGGUAUUGAAGCAGUGAAAGCUGAUGGAGAGGUCAUUGAUUGCCUGAGUACUCUUAAGAAAGAUAAUACAGGUUACCAUUUGAAACAUUUGUUUAUUGGAUCUGAAGGAACUUUAGGUGUUGUGACUAAGGUAGCCAUUCAUUGCCCACCAGCCCCAAAAGCUAUCAACCUUGCUUUUCUAGGUUUACAAACUUUUGAAGAUGUUCUUAAAACACUUCAACUUGCAAAACACUCACUUGCUGAAAUUUUGUCAUCUUGUGAAAUGAUGGAUAACCCAACAAUGCAGGCAGUUACACAGAAUCUGAAACUUAAGUGCCCUGUAGAGGAAUAUCCAUUCUACAUGCUGAUAGAAACUUCAGGCAGUGACUCAAAACAUGAUGAAGAGAAAUUAUCAAAAUUCUUGGAGGAGGCUAUGUCAGGCAACUUGGUCCGUGAUGGGACACUCACCAAUGAACCUUCCAGAAUCAAGUCUAUGUGGGAGCUGAGAGAACGUAUGGCAGAAGCUUUACAACUGGAUGGACAUUUGUACACAUGUGAUGUGACUGUACCUUUACAGCACUAUUACAGUUUAGUGCCAAUUUUGAAGUCUCAUCUUCAAAACAGCAAUGCUCUCCGCAUCUCAGGCUUUGGCCAUUUGGGUGAUGGAAAUUUGCAUCUCAAUGUGACUUCUAAGCAGUAUGAGCAUGAUCUUGACUCUCUAAUAGAGUCAUAUGUUUUCAAAUGGACAUCACAGGUACGAGGAAGUAUAUCAGCAGAACAUGGUAUUGGCUUCAAGAAACCAAAGGUAAUGCAUUAUUCCAAGUCACAGAGUGCCAUUGGGUUAAUGAAGCAGAUAAAGAAACUUAUGGAUCCCAAAGGCAUUUUAAAUCCAUACAAGGUGCUUCCAGAAUGAGCUGAGCUAGGCAGACAGUAUCCUCAUGUUUUUGUGAAAUGUUUUCAGAUAUACUGAUUCACAUUCAUAUAACAACCUGAAAAUAUCUUUUAAUGUGCAUGGUUAAUUUUUAUUUAACUAAGACCUAUAAAAAAAUUCUGAUUCAAUUGUUUGAAUAGUGAAUACCAUUGGCCAAAGAAAAAAAAAAGGUACUUACUAACAAUAAAAACAAAGACACUUACACAGCAAUGCUGUUUCUUCUGAGGUUGCUGUCAUAUUUAUUUUAUUAAGACCAUUUACAACAGAAGCAGAAGAGACGAUGUUGCUUGCAAUAAAUGCGCUUAUGUUUUGAUAAGACCAAUUUAUAUUUGAGAAUUUUAUUUUGGAGAAAUGAAAUGAACUGUAACAAAUAACUUGUACAAAAGAUGUUCUUACUAGUUAAAGUGAUUCUUUAGACACAA